AGUAAGAGUUGCGGGUCACAGUUUUGACACAUUCGCGCAUUUCGUAAGAAGUUUGAUAAUGUCCGGCAGAGGCAAAGGAGGCAAAGGUCUUGGAAAAGGAGGCGCAAAGCGUCACCGCAAAGUUCUUCGUGAUAACAUCCAGGGGAUCACCAAGCCUGCAAUCAGGCGUCUGGCUCGCCGUGGUGGUGUGAAGCGUAUCUCUGGUCUCAUCUACGAAGAGACCCGUGGUGUACUAAAGGUGUUCCUGGAGAACGUGAUUCGUGAUGCCGUCACCUACACCGAGCACGCCAAGAGAAAGACUGUGACCGCCAUGGACGUCGUCUAUGCUCUGAAACGCCAGGGUCGUACUCUGUACGGUUUUGGUGGAUAAAGGAUCAGAUAUCUCCCGACUAAACCAAAAGGCUCUUCUAAGAGCCACCCAAUUUCUUUUAAAAGGCAGUAUUACAAUUUGUAUAGGCUACUGUGAAUUGUAGAAGCCCCGCUUGUUCUCGGUCUCGACGGCAAUUUUGGGGAUACUAGGGCGUUGCGAUCCAAUGGAAGGCUUAACAUA